AUGCUGAUCCUUCUCAACGAAUCCGAGCCGGGGACUAGGCCCAAGGGAACCGAGCUCAUGGGCGUCGUCAUGUUGUGGAUGCCCUACUCGGAGACUGGUCCGUUCCGUGGCUUUGUCGAGAAGCUCCUCAUCAGCCCCAAGUUUCGUCAGCGAGGCGGUGCCAGGGCCUUGAUGAGUACACUGGAGGGGGAGGCUGUUCGACGAGGACGAACACUACUGAUGCUUGACACCGAAGCUGGCAGCCCGGCAGAAGAUAUUUACAGAAAGUUCGGGUAUGUCGAGGUGGGCAGAAUCCCCAACUACGGCAUCAGUCCCGCCGUUCCACGACAGCUUAAGGAUGAGGUAUUUUUCUACAAGCAGCUUGCGGCCUAG